AAAAGGCCAAUCCCAUUUUGGCAUUGCAGCAAAGCAUAUUGGGCCCCUGUGAAGUUAGAUCUAAAACCACUUCUCGGCUGAAAGUUCGAUCAUUUCAGUCUCAAAUUAUCCCCAAAACUGGAGAUGUUGUUCGUUGUUAAACACUACUGCAAUCUAGAAAGCUGAAAAAUAGAACUGUCUAUGCUGGAGCCUUCUUCCUUGUGGUUCACUGAUAUCCAUUCAAGAAACCAGUUUUUGAGUAAAUGCUUGUACUUUUGAGAAAACGGUAUAAGAAAAUUUCCGAGGACCAGAAAAGGUAUUGAAUGAGAAAAAUUAUGGGUAUGAAGUUUUUUGCCAAUGCAAUAUCUGUGUACAGAAAUUAUAGCAGUAAGAGUUUUAGCAAUAGCAGCGUCCGUGAGGGUUAUAGGAGUGGAAAUAAGAACAAGAAGAAUAACUCCAAAACCCCUAAAGCCCGUUUUAAAUGGACUGAUGAACAGAGUAAGGUGUUGGAUCAUGUUCGUAGUGGCCGAUCCUUGUUUAUUACUGGCUCUGCAGGGACAGGGAAAACAGUUUUGCUUAAGCAUAUAAUCAAAUUAUUGAAACAGACUUAUGGAAAAUCGAGGGUUUUUGUGACUGCAUCUACUGGGAUUGCAGCAUGUGCUAUUCGUGGACAGACACUUCAUUCGUUUGCUGGUAUUGGAAUUGGUGACGGUGAUCGUGAAAUGUUGGUUAAUCGGGUUAUAAAUGAUAAGAAGGCUUGUAUAAGGUGGAAUAAGGCACAGGUGUUGGUCAUUGAUGAAAUUAGCUUAGUGGAGGCAAAUUUGUUUGACAAUCUUGAAUAUAUAGCAAAAGCAGUUCGUGACUCUGAUAAGGUGUGGGGUGGAAUUAGGCUUGUUGUAAGUGGGGACUUUUUUCAGUUACCUCCCAUAUUUAAGCAGCAAGAUCCAUCUCGCAAAGAGUUUGCGUUUGAAGCUGAUUGUUGGGAUUCAAGCUUUGAUAUACAGGUGGAACUUUCCAAGAUUUUUAGGCAGUCUGAAGAUAGGUUGAUUAAAUUACUUCAGGGUAUUAGGAGAGGCAACAGUGAUCCUGAAGACUUGCAGAUUCUAGAACAAUCAUGCUCGGUUUCUGAGCCUGAUCCUUCAGUGGUGCGACUCUAUCCUAGAAUUGAUGAUGUAAACAAAGUAAAUGAGGAGAGAAUGAAAGCCUUAUCUGAGGAAAAGGUAAUCUAUGAGGCUUCUGAUGAAGGUGAAAAGCCUUGGAGGAGGCAGCUUGCUUUAGGGCUAGCUCCCAACAAACUUGUACUGUGCAAAGGUGCAAGGGUAAUGCUGAUAAAAAAUUUGAAUGUUUGGCGUGGAUUUGUGAAUGGUGCUACUGGUACGGUCACUGGAUUUACAAAGGAUGGCAAUGGCACGAUCCUAACUCCUGAUAAUCUUUUGCCGGUUGUGGAAUUUGAUUCAGGCCGAGAAAUAGUUAUUGAACCUGAAAAGUGGUAUGUAAUGGAAGGAUCUUCACCCGUUGCUCGUCGACUGCAAUUACCUCUCGUUUUGGCUUGGGCUAUAAGCAUUCAUAAGUGUCAGGGUAUGAGUCUUGACCACAUACAUACUGAUCUUUCUAGAGCUUUCGGGUGUGGCAUGGUUUAUGUUGCACUUUCCCGUGUGAGAAGCUUAGAUGGCCUUCAUUUAUCUGGUUUCUCUCCCUCGAAAAUUAAGGCUCACCCGAAGGUUUUGCAGUUUUAUAGCCGUUUUGCUCCUGAACAGGAAAAGGAAAAGGAAGACGGGCAUGGUGUUGUUGCUGACAAGAAAGAAGAUACCAGUAAUAACUCGCUUUCUGAUUCAGAUAGAACAAGCGAUGGAAAAACAUAUCAGUUUUCGCUUAAAGAGUUCCUAUUCUCACUUGAGCAAAAGAAAUUUUCUCUUAAAGACUUUUUAUCAUCUCACCUAUCACGUCUGCGAGGGAAAUGAAAGGAACUUUCUUUGAUUACAACUAAAAAUACUUUGUUCAUCCCCCCACCUUUGAGAGCAGCCGUAGUGGUGACCUGCCUAGCUUGGGGAUCAAGAAUAUGAUAUAUGGCAACUGUCACUAAACUAAACCUCUUGUGGACAUAAAAGAAAAAAAGAAAAAAGGCCUGGAAGAAAGAAACAGACUUAUACAUGGUUUCUUUUUUCAUCUCUUGAUAGUUUAGAGGUGAGGGGGAGACUAUUUACUUUAUUUAUUAUUAUUGUUUUUUCAUAUUGAGAUUAGAUCUUUGUUUCAUUUUUUCCUACUUUUUAGUACAUUCCUUUACAAGCAACGAUUUAAAUUAUUACUGCAUUUAUUGGCUCCUUCAAGCAUCUAAAUUUUCACUCUUCAUUCACUCAUAAGCUUCUUGAUUGCUUAGGGAGGAGUAUGACAUAUAAAGGAAGAGACUCUAUUGCCUAGAGAGAAGCAUAGCUUCUAGAGAAAUAGAUUCUCACAUUGAAUGCGAAGUAUUCAAUGUGAUUGUUUCAGGAGUGUGGUUUAUAGGUGAAGGAAUUUGCAUACUGAAUGCAUACCUUCAUGCUUACUGUUAUCAGGGUAACUUGUAUAUUCGUGUUUAUUUUGUGUUAAAACACUUGUAAAAUACAAAAAUUAUCAUGUCAUAAUAUGUGUCGACCUAUCAAAUACAAAACUUAUUUUUUAGUCUUUUUCAAA